ACCUUUAUCUGGGGGUCUAAGUCCACUCUCGGUGUGUACUUUCCACAAGAAGGCUUUGUUGUGCCCUAAAAUACUUUUAGAACGUUUUUGGACCCAACAAAGCAGUCAAGCCAGGAAGGAUGGAGAAAAACACAUUGCUGGUCCUGGAGAACUUCAUCGGAGGAAAGUUUGUCCCUUGCACAGCUCAAAUUGACUCUUAUGACCCGUCCACAGGCGAGGUGUACUGCAAAGUGCCGGACAGCGGCGAAGAAGAGGUGGAUGCGGCGGUGCAGGCAGCCAAGGACGCCUUCCCGGGUUGGUCCGCCCGCAGUCCAGACCAAAGAGCUCAGGUCCUCAACAAGCUGGCUGACCUGAUCGAAGGCCAUCUGGAGGAGUUUGCUCAAGCUGAGUCCAGAGACCAAGGUAAAACGGUGACGUUUGCACGCACCGUGGACAUUCCACGCUCCGCGUACAACUUCCGCUUCUUCGCCUCGUCCGUGCUCCACCACACCACCGACUGCAGCCAGAUGGACCACAUGGGAUGCCUCAACUACACCGUGCGCUGCCCCGUGGGAGUGGCUGGUCUGAUCAGCCCGUGGAAUCUUCCACUAUACCUCCUGACAUGGAAGAUCGCACCCGCCAUCGCUGCGGGCAACACGGUGGUCGCCAAACCCAGCGAGAUGAGCUCGGUGACGGCCUGGAUGAUGUGCAAGCUGAUGCAUCAGGCUGGUGUUCCUUCGGGCGUGGUCAACAUCGUGUUCGGACUCGGCUCCCGCGCAGGUGACGCCCUCGUAGGCCACCCGGAAGUCCCCUUGAUCUCCUUCACGGGGUCUACCGCCACUGCCCGGCACAUCACGGAGCGCAGCGCCCCCUACUGUAAGAAGCUGUCGCUGGAACUCGGCGGCAAAAACCCCGCCCUCGUCUUUGCCGACGCGGACCUGGACCGAUGCAUCGAAACCACGGUGCGCUCCAGCUUCUCCAACCAGGGAGAAAUCUGCCUGUGCACCAGUAGAAUUUAUGUCGAGAGGAGCAUCUACGCCACGUUCUUGGAGAAGUUUGUGGCGGCUGCCAGGAAGUGGAAGACGGGCGUGCCCUCUGACCCUGGCAACAACAAUGGUGCUCUCAUCAGCAAAGAGCACCUGGAGAAGGUUCGUAGCUUUGUCGCACUGGCCAAAUCUGAGGGCGCCACUGUGCACUGCGGCGAAGGCAUUAACCACCCGGACCUCCCGAAUCGCAACAUCAACGGCUACUUCAUGGCCGCCACCGUCAUCUCGGGCGUGGCCGACAGCUCCCGCGUCAUGCAGGACGAGAUCUUCGGCCCCGUCACCUGCGUCAGCCCCUUCGACGGCGAGGACGAGGCGGUCGCCAAGGCUAACGGGGUGCGCUACGGGCUGGCAGCCACGGUGUGGUCCCGGGACGUGGGGAAGGUCCAUCGGGUGGCCAGGAGGCUUCAGACGGGCCUGGUGUGGACCAACUGCUGGCUGGUGAGAGAUCUCAACCUGCCCUUUGGGGGGAUGAAGAACUCUGGCGUUGGCAGGGAAGGAGGGAGGGACUCCUAUCACUUCUUCACUGAGGUGAAGACCAUCACCAUCAAGCACUGAGGCAAAGACACCAUUAUGGAGGAGGUUUUGAGGAUUAUGGUAUGGUGGGCGUGGCUCUGCAUCUGUCUGUAAGAGGCAAGCUACUCCCUCUUCCACCAAAUUUGACAGCCAUGGCAAGAUUUGGAAGUCAGUGCCCCCUUUUUUUCUUCUUUUUUUUUAUAGCUGAAAAAGGAUGAAAAGUGAUAGCACAUAACACAUCACAUUUUAGUAAGACGUAGUGCACUUUUAAACCACUGUUGGGCGCCAUUGUCAUUCAUGUCAAUACCAAGAUGGGUAAAGUGUCCAUCCAUCCAUUUGUAUAUGGAGAAAUUAAAAGAUAUCUGAUUGCUCCCUCAGGGGAACACAAUUAAGUUCAAAAAUACUAUGCAGGAAUGACACAAACACACUCACAAACACACAAUAUCCAUGCACACACACUCACACGCAAUGUGCACUUUAGUGUAUUAUGUCAUGGUCAGGAUGACAUUGUCAAUAAAAUAUUAGCUGCUGUAUAAUAUAUGAAUUGAACAGACAAGGAUUUUUUUUGUCUAUAUUUUAUCAGCAGACUUUGAACUUUCUCACACAUCAUCGGCUUCUCCUUAAGUUCGUAGCCUUGGUUGAAGUCCAUGUCUUAACGGUUUGACUCCUCGGAGCUGACAAUGCUAACCUGUUGCUGAUAAUGAUGUUUGUAUGAAUUGUAUAUAUUUUGUAAUUUUAAAUAAGAACAAUUGUUUAAUAUUAACAAAUAUUAUUUAACAUACAUUUAUUCUGAGGAAAUAUAAUUAACGAACAGUCAAUCAAAACUGAGCAUUUUUAUUUUUUCUAACAUUUUGUGUUUUUUGUAAUAUGCAGCAAACUAAAAAUAUUUGUGUCAAUACAACAAUAUAAGACAAUGUCAAGACAAUAUUAACCAAAUUAUUCCAUAUUUUACAAAGUGAUCGCUGCAGACACAAGCACGGUCUGAUUGUAUUCCACAAGAUGAUGAAAGUGAUAUUUUUAAGAGCCAUUUCCUUCCACACUCUUUCGUUUUUUUCCUUGACUUUAUUACCUUUAUGAACCACUUCUUUCGGGACACUAUGAAAGCUAUUUCCUAUCUCUCUAUUUGAACGACUGGAACACCCAAGAACAGAACAGCAAUAUGGCAUUUUCUGCUCAAACUCUACACUCACUCUCACUUGUUUUAAUUCUACUCUCAAACUGCUUGACCAUCGUGUGAAUUAAGCCCGCGGAGAAGAAAAACGGAUAUGACGUCAUAUCCAACCCAGCUAAAUGUUUGUAAAUUAAUAUCUAUGUCUGUUGUUAUUCUUUCAGCGUUGACAGCUUGGGUGUUUGUUCAACAAAGUUUUAUGUCAACAAAAUUGCCCAAAAAUAUUAACUGCCCAUAAGGUUGAACUUCAAAUGGUCUAGGGCUGCAACUAACGAUUAAUUUGAUAAUCGAUUAAUCUGUCGAUUAUUACUUCGAUUAAUAAUCGGAUAAAAGAGACAAACUACAUUUCUAUCCUUUCCAGUAUUUUAUUGGAAAAAAAAACAACAUACUGGCACCAUACUUAUUUUGAUUAUUGUUUCUCAGAUGUUUGUACAUGUUGCAGUUUUUAAAUAAAGGUUUAUAAAAAAAAAUAAAAAUAAAUAAAAUUAAAUUAAAAAGCCUCUGCGCAUGCGCAUAGCAUAGAUCCAACGAAUCGAUGACUAAAUUAAUCGGCAACUAUUUUUAUAAUCGAUUUUAAUCGAUUUAAUCGAUUAGUUGUUGCAGCCCUAAAAUGGUCACAACAUUUCUGUACUUGGGAAUUGUCAAUUAUGAGAACUUGUCCUUUAAAUCUCACAUUAAAAAACUUGUGACUAAAUUUAAAAAUAAGUUGGGAUUUUUCUUUAGAAACAAAUCCCAAGAGUGAAUCUGACCACUUUUAUGCUUUUGCUAGAUUAUGGAGACUUGCUUUUAAUGAAUGCACCAGACUCUUAUUUGAAAAAACUGGGUACUGUGCUUACAUUUUAUUACUGUUUGUGGCAACCUAGUCCAUCAUUGCACUUUAUAUGCAAAUGCUUAUUGUCCAUCUUAAUCAGUACGCAGAUUUUCUCGAUGGUUGUGUUUUACAUAUAAAUCACUUCUUGGUGCGGUUCCCCCUUGUUUGUGUUCUUUUAUGUGUCGAGACUCCAGUCGCUACAGUUUAAGAUCGCAGGAUAUACUCAGAAUGUUCGGUCCUGGAGCCAACACAAAUCUUGGAAAAAAGUUUUCAUGGUCGUGGAAUAAUUUACAGAAAGAUCUGAGGUUACCUGAGCUGAUCACUUUGUGUGAAUUUCAGGCCAUUUCAAAGAAUCGAGAAACUGUUUCUAUUGAGCAUUGUACUUGUUUAAGUUGUUUUUACGGAAACAUUUUAUACAUUGUUUUUAUGACUUAGACUUCCUUUUAUUGUCAUUCAAAUUUGAACUUUACAGUACAGAUAAGAACGAAAUGUCGUUGCAUUAGCUCGUUGUAGUGCAGGAUAAAAGAGCAAUAAGGUGCAGACUGUUUGCAUUUACAAAAGAAGGUGCAGAUAUAAAUAAAUUGAUUACUGUACAGAUAAAUAUAUUGCACUUUACAUGUUUACAGAUGUAUAUUAUAUUGUCUUUAUAGUCCAGCGAGUUAAUCCGUUUUUGGGGGGAAUUGAGGGGAUUAUUAUGAUGCAUUCAAGAGUCUUAUGGCCUGAAGGAAGAAGCUAUUACAGAACCUGGAGCUUCUUCUAUGGAGGCUGCGGAACCUCUUUCUAGAGUCCAGCAGUGAAAAUAGUCCUUGGUGGGGGUGGGAGGAGUCUCUGCACACUAAAAAAUGCUUGGUUAUUUUUAUAACCCAAUUUAUGAAUUGCGAGUGUUGGGUUACAUUUUGGAGUUAUUUUUAUGAAGAGCAAUCCAUUUUUUGGGUUAUAAGGGUAUUAUUUUAACUCAAUUUCUGGGUUUUCAAAACUAUGAACCAUUUUUGGGUUGUUUUUCAAUGAGUAACACAUUUUGGGGUAUAAGGCUUUUUUUAAUAAAAAAUGUACUUCUUUCUUGAAGGGAAUUGUAUUAAGGAUUAAUCUCAUUAACAUUAUUUACAAUCACACAUCUUAUGUACAUGAAAAUAUUUGACCAUGCUGUACAAAACUACUAUGACCAUACACAGCAAUUCUUGUAAAAAAAAAUGUCACUCAUAUCUUGCUUUUGAGUAUAUUUUAAUGGAAUAUGAGUCAUGUUUUGUUCUGUUAGUUUCACUACCUCAGUUCUGUUUUCAGCACCCCUGGGUUUGUGUUUUAGUUUCCGUGACUGCAGAUUAGUUUCACCUGCCUCUGAUUAGUGUUUGGGACGCUCACAUGCUCCUGGGCACUAAUCAGAGAGUAAAUAAAUGUGAUAAAUGGGUUGUACUUGUAUAGUGCUUUUCUACCUUCAAGGUACUCAAAGCGCUUUGACAGUAUUUCCACAUUUACCCAUUCACACACACAUUCACACACUGAUGGCGGGAGCUGCCAUGCAAGGCGCUAACCAGCAGCCAUCAGAGGCAAAGGGUGAAGUGUCUUGCCCAAGGACACAACGGACGUGACUAGGAAGGUAGAAGGUGGGAAUUGAACCCCAGUAACCAGCAACACUCCGAUUGCUGGCACAGCCACUCUAUCAACUUCGCCACGCCGUCCCAAGAGAGCUACUUAUUCCCGUGUUUCGCCACAAUCAGUCUGGCUGUCUUGUUUGCACUACGCAACAUUGACGACAUAUUCUAUUUUGCUUCCAUGCAACCCCUCUUUGAUUCCUGUUCCUGUGCUAAGCUUCGCCAUAGCGGCCGCGCUAUCGGCGCGCUUUUCUGUCUUUUUGUAUUUUUUGCAUGAUUCAUGGACAAUAAAUCAAUGUC